UCUUAAAAGCUCCUAAAAACCCUUGUAAUUACGUUACCACCUUCCACUCCAACCCCUUAACUUAUUCCCUUUUCAUUUUUGUAGCAUUUACUCUCUCUAACACACCCCACAAUCUUCUCCUUCCUUCUCUCUCUCAUUAUCACAAACCCAAAUUUAUGUGUGUAUAUAUCUGGAAAUCACCGGCCGUUACCCAUGCGUUUCUCGUCGGAAAGUCAAACUUGUUUCUCGGGUAUUCAUGUCUAUUCCCGUAUGUUUUGUACGUUAAUGGUUCUAUUACUAGCAGUGCAACAAGAGAGAUGAGAUUAGUUCGUAUAAUAAGGUGCUUGUAAUGUGCAUUUGUUUAGUGUGCUUAGUAUAAUCACUAACAUCGUCCGCAAGACCUCUUGUCGGGGUGACAAGAGGCGAUGGAGUACGGUGCAGGAGGAGAAGGAGAUGGCUCCGCCAGUGGUAGUCACCAUGAUUCCUCUGAUAAGAAGAAACGUUACCACCGUCAUACUGCUCUUCAGAUUCAGAUUCUUGAAUCAACUUUUAAAGAUUGCCCACACCCAGAUGAGAAAACAAGAAUGCAGUUAAGCAGAGAGUUGGGUCUGGCACCUCGACAGAUUAAGUUUUGGUUUCAAAAUAGAAGAACCCAGAUGAAGGCGCAACAUGAACGAGCAGACAACUGUGCAUUGAGGGCUGAGAACGACAAGAUACGAUGCGAAAACAUUGUGAUACGAGAGGCCUUGAAGAAUUUGGUAUGCCCAACAUGCGGUGGUCCUCCGAUUGGGGAAGAUUGUUAUUUUGAUGAACAAAAACUUCGUUUCGAAAAUGCUCAGUUGAAAGAAGAGCUGGAUAGAGUAUCGAGCAUUGCGGCCAAGUACAUAGGUAGACCAAUGUUGCAACUCCCACCGGUGCAGCCCGUUCACAUGUCUUCACUGGACUUAUCCAUGGCCAGUAGUUACGGUGGUGGUCCAGUGAAUAGGAUGGUGAUGAUGAACAGUGGUCCUUCUUUAGACCUUGAUCUUCUCACCGGCUCCGCCAUUGGUGCAUCAUCUAGCAACAUCGUCAAUCCUGACCCUCCGUUUCACAACAUCGUGCACCUUUCCGACAUGGACAAGUCUCUCAUGGCUGAUAUUGCUAGUAAUGCGAUUGAUGAACUGAUGAAGCUUGUACAGACCAACGAGCCAUUGUGGACAAAAUGUCAAAAGGACGGGAUGCAUACCGAAGUUCUUAAUCUUGAUAACUACAAGAGAGUUUUCCCACGGUCUAAUGAUCAUAACUUGAAGAGUCCUAAUGUUAGAAUUGAAGCAUCCAAGGCUUCUGGUGUUGUGAUGAUGAACAGUUUGCAAUUGGUGGACAUGUUUGUGGAUUCGACUAAAUGGAUGGAACUGUUUCCUACCAUCGUGUCAAGAGCAAGAACAAUUGAGGCACUUGAAGCUAGAUUAUUGGGUUCUCUAAGUGGCUCCCUACAAUUGAUGUAUGAAGAAUUACAGGUGCUUUCCCCGCUUGUUUCCACCAGGCAGUUUUAUGUUCUUCGAUUUGUUCAGCAAAUUGAGCAAGGGUCAUGGGCGGUGGUCAAUGUUUCGUACGAUCUUCCUCAGCAUAAUGCAUACCCCCACUCCCGAUGUAAAGCACACCGCCUUCCUUCUGGGUGUUUGAUCCAAGAUAUUCCUAACGGUUAUUCAAAGGUUACAUGGGUGGAACAUAUGGAAGUAGAAGAAAUAAGCCCGACUGAUAGGCUUUAUCGAGAUUUGGUCCACAGUGGUUUGGCCUUUGGAGCCAGAAGAUGGCUAGCUUGUCUUCAGCGAGCAUGCGAAAGAAGCGCUUCUUUGAUGAUGGCUAGCACUUCGUCUCAUGAUAUUGGAGGAGUAAUCCCAUCGGCACCUGGGAAGAGAAGCAUGAUGAAAUUGUCACAAAGAAUGGUGAGGAACUUGUGUUCCGGCAUCAAUCCUAGUAAUGGUCAUCAAUGGACAUCGGUUUCCGGUUUGAAUGAUCAGUUUGAGGUCCGGGCGACUCUAUACAAGACCACCGAUCCUGCAGGUCAUCCAAACGGGAUGGUACUUAGCGCAUCCACCACCAUUUGGCUUCCGGUUCCUCCACAGAAUGUCUUUGAUUUCUUUCGAGAUGGAAGGACCAGACCUCAGUGGGAUGUUUUAUCCAACCAGAAUCCAGUACAAGAAGUAGCACAUAUCGCCAACGGGACUCACCCAGGAAACUGUAUAUCGGUCCUCAGGGCUUACACUCCAAGCCAGAACAACAUGUUAAUACUACAAGAAAGCUGUACAGACGCAUCGGGGUCACUAGUGGUAUACUGUCCAGUUGACUUGCCUGCAAUCAACAUAGCCAUGAACGGUGAAGAUCCCUCCUAUAUUCCAUUACUACCAUCCGGUUUCAUCAUCACAACCGACGGCCGCCAUGAAAUUACAUCACAGGGUCAGGGUGGUGCUUCCACCAGCAGUAAUAAUAAUUCAGAUCUCGGAGCUGCUGAUCAUUGUGGUGGUGGGACAUCAACAGGCUCACUGGUUACCGUAGUGUUUCAGAUACAAGUUAGCAGUUUGCCGUCGGCUAAAAUGAGCCCAGAGUCAUUAACCACCGUUAAUAACCUGAUCACAAAUACAGUCCACCAAAUUAAAGCCUCCUUCAAUUAUGCUUCUACCACCACCUGAUCAACAAUCUCUCUCUCUCUCUCUCUCUCUCUCUCUCUCUCUCUCUCUCUCUCUCUCUCUCUCUCUCUCUCUCUCUCUCUCUCUCUCUCUCUCUCUCUCUCUCUCUCUCUCUUUCUUAAAUGUGCGUAGAGAUCGAUGAGACGAAGGGAAGUUUUGGGGUUAGUUGGGGAUGCUCUUAAUGCAAGUUUCAUCAUCAAUAGCGGAAGCCGAGUUAAUAUUAUUGCUGCAUCAUCCUGCUACUGUGCUGGUUGUUCGCUGUCAUAGUUCAUUUACCAUCUUCAACUACUACAUUCAUUUACCCUUCUUGGUUUUUAAGUUUUUUUUUUCUUUUUCUUUUUCUUUUUUAUAAUUAUUGUGCUUCUUGUUCUUUUCAAUUUUAUUGCAUUUUAGUUGAGAAGAGGGAGUCAAGAACGCACCAUACUUGUCUUUCCAUGUAUGGUUUGGGUAUUGACUUUGUUUUCAAUUCAGUCUAUAUAUAUGCAUGAUUUAUAAACAAA